AUGCAUUUGAAGCCGCUCAGCAGUUCUCCUAUGAUGGUGGAACAGGCAUCCAGGAGACUCACCCUACCCUGUCUGAACACCUUUAGCGAAGAUGUAAAUGACUUGCAGAGGAAGGAGGUGCAGGUUCGAGGAUGGAAAUUCCUUCCCCCUCCAGCACUGGUGCGUCCACCUCCACCUUCCUGUGGUCUAAGGAGACCACACAGAGACUGUCAGUGUGGGAGGCGGUUGCCGGUCUGUGAAUGGGCUAUGAAUGGGCUUCGUCAUGAUAAACACGGUGGCCUGCUCUCUUCCCUUUUGUCUCUGCUGGCCAUCUCUUUCCUUCCCUCCGAAGUCACAGGCAAGAGGGAUUUCAGAUGCUGGUUCCUCAGAAGGAUGCACUUCCACGCCGUCCUUUCUCUGAAUGUCAGUUUCUGGGAAGCCUGCACUGCUGUCUGGGAGGAGGAGGAGGAGGAAAAAGUAGAAAAGGAAAUAGAGGAGGAGGAGGAGGUGAAAGAGAAAGAGGAGGACAUUGAGGAAGAGAAAAAAGAGAAGGAAGAGAUGGAAGAGAAGGGGAAGGAAGAGGAGAGAGUGUUUGAAUUGAAACUGUCCCAGCAGGAUACACCCCCCGCUGAUUGCGUGGCUGCGGUGGUUUCUUCCUUUGUCAGGAGACUAAAUGGCCUCCAUCGAUUUCUUCUCUCUCUAGGCACUGGGACUUUCAGGCGGGUGCACCUGGUGAAGGAGAAGACAGCCAAGCAUUUCUUCGCUCUCAAGGUGAUGAGCAUUCCCCAUGUCAUCCGCCUGAAGCAGGAGCAGCACGUGCACAGUGAGAAGUCUGUCCUGAAGGAAGUCAGUCACCCAUUCCUCAUCAGGCUGUUCUGGAUGUGGCAUGACGAGCACUUCCUUUACAUGCUCAUGGAGUACGUGCCGAGCGGGGAGCUCUUCAGCUACCUGUGAAUCCGGGGGCACUUCUCCAGCACCACAGGGCUCUUCUACUCUGCGGAGAUCAUCUGUGCCAUCGAGUACCUGCACUCCAAGGAGAUCGUCUACAGAGACUUGAAGCCAGAGAACAUCCUGCUGGAUAGGGAUGGCCACAUCAAGCUCACGGUCUUUGGGUUCGCCAAGAAGCUGGUAGACAGGACUUGGACCCUCUGUGGAACACCCGAGUACCUGGCCCCGGAAGUCAUUCAGAGCAAGGGCCACGGCAGGGCUGUGGACUGGUGGGCCCUCGGCAUUCUGAUAUUCGAGAUGCUGUCGGGGUUUCCUCCGUUUUUUGAUGACAACUUGUUUGGCAUUUAUCAGAAAAUUCUUGCAGGCAAAAUAGAUUUCCCCAGACAUUUGGAUUUCCAUGUGAAGUAA